GAAUAUCUCCAUUCCUCCGCCUCCAUCUUCUUCUCCUGCCACCGCACGGAUGCGGCCUCCUCCGCUCUCCCACGGCCAGAUCCGCCAGUGCCCUGCCGCCGGCAAGCAGAACCAGCAGGACCGUCGCGUCCAUCUCCUCUGUUUCCUUCCCAUCCUUCUCCUUUCCUCUGUCUUUCUCACCCUCACACAUCUUCUCUCUCUCUUCAGGAGCUCCCCCUGCCGCCUGGAGCUCAAGCCGCCAGCCGUCCAAGGCCUCCCCAGGAACAGAUACGCGACCACGUGCCUCAUCCUCGCACAUGCCAGGCCGCGCCACCGGAGCCCCGCCCGCAGAGGCAGUGCUCCGCCGCCCGCUGCUGUUCUUCGCGUCGCCCCGCGCUCCCGCCGCUGUGAACCGGCUCCCCUCCGCAAGUCCUCGGCAUCGCCAUCCCGCGCUGCCUGCAGUCGCGCCAAGCCUGACUCGCAACCGUGGAGCCCGAGCUCGUCAAGCGCUUCAAAUCCGCCACCGCCCCAUCUUCUUCAGGCGCUCGAGCACGAGCAUGAGCUCGCCAGCGCCCCACCUCUCUCUUCCGCUCCGUCCGCCGCCCGCGGCGCCGGGACCCAUCGCUGCCGCGCCGCCUCCGUCGAUGCAGUCAACGGUCCCAUGCCAUUGACCCCCGCCAGGGGACGACUAUUCCCUACCAUGCGUGCGCGCCCGUGCUCCAGCCCUCCCCUCCCCAUCGUGUCCGGCCUGUGCCUGGACAACGGAAACCCCCGCUGUCCGUGCGCUCCGGCCAGCUCCCCGUCGCGCCCGAGACCUCCUAGAGUCUUCAUGUCGAGGCCUUCGUUGCGACCAGCAUUUCACAUGGGUCUCCUGCCCGCCUUAGCGCGGACGCCCGCCGCGACGCCGGCGGCAAGCGGCGGCGCAUGCCCAGCGGUGGAGAACGGCGGGAUAAGCGGCGAGACGCGUGGUGCUGAGCCAGUCAAUAAGGAAUAAGGGCCGCGGGCAUAGUUUCUAACAAAUUUAGGGGGUUUUACGCAAAAACGAAACGUUUUUCCAAAGUGCCACUUAAACAGGGACUGCGGGUUAAUUUCAAAGAAAUAGAGGGGCUUUUUCGCAAAAACGCCGACGACGUACGACCAGAAGCACUCCGUGCUUUAUUAGUAGGGAAAGAUUCUCUCAUUAACAUGAGAAUUUCAAUGUUAGAUCUUAGCCGUUAUAAUUCGGACCCACCAAAUCAGUGGCCUCUAUUUUCAGAGUUUUUGUAAUUAAGGUGGGAUUUUCUAUGAAGUGCCUAAUUAGUACUAUAUAAGUAAAAACCAGUCUACUUCUUUUAUGAUUAUAAGACUGAAUCAAAAGUUUCUCCGAUUAGAUCUCAACGAUUAUAAUUCUAGGUUAGAUCUAAAUCGUUAUAAAAUCAGAUCCACCAAAUCAAUAGCCUUUAUUUUCUAAUAUUCUCUCAUUAACAUGAGAAUUUCUUUAGGAUAUCAGCAUUAAUAUACUUUCCUCGUAUGGAAAAAGCAAUAAAGCUUAACAUUGAAAUACUACCUAUGAAAAGGUAAUCUUAGGCACAUUUUAAAAUCUUUUCAAACAUUGAGGAUGACUACUAAUCUAUAUAAAGCCAAGCGUCCAAUAGUUGUUGACACUCACUUGUGUGGCACGCCAUCCUAUUGUCUAAUGGCAAUUGUAAAGCCGUCUGGUGAGCUUCUCAGGCUCCUCACCUCCCUCAUAUGCCUACUCCAUCAUAGCAACGCAGGCUAUGACGUCGAGUUGGUCCUCGGGGCGCGGAGCCUAUUAUCGACCAAUCUGAAACUUGUAGGUGGGACAACGGAGUUCGGUCCUGAUGUCAAGAGGCUCGACCUAACUGCAAGGCAAGUGUGCUUGAUCUUCAUCCUGAUCCGAAAGUUUAAUUCAUCACCUUAUCUAUACUCUUUCUGAAGUAUCAUAGGCAGGAUUGUGUUGCACUGUUCGGUUGGAGUUAUAUGGGUGUGUCUAGGGCACAUCUAGAUGUGCUCUAGUUAUUGCACAUCUAAGUGAGUGAAUCAUGCAUAAAGAGGAAAAGAAAAAAGAAAAAAAAAUAUUCACACGAAUCUCAACGUAAGAUCAAUGACAUAGGACUUAGAUGUGCAAUACUUAUGGCACAUCUAGAUGUGCUUUAGCAAAACUGGAGUUAUAUAUACACAUUAAUAGUUCUUUUAUUUUAAAAGAGGUAGUAUAGCUGACGUCUGCACAUAUUGAUGCAUACACCCUAAGCUAACCGAUUUAGUAUUAACAUGAUGGUACAAGCUAAAGACGGAUAGCCGACUCCACGUGCGCAUCACCGACGCCGACCAUCCACGAUGGGAGGUCCCCCAAGACAUCAUCCCCGCGGCCAACGUCAGUGUCAGAGGAUGUUUUGCUCGGAUCGCCAGGCAUGGACAAUGGCACCUUGCCGAGCAGCGCCACCAUCUCCAGGGUGUCUUCGGACCUGACCUUCUCCAUCCACACGAAUCCGUUCCGCUUCACCGUCUCCCGCCGCUCCACCGGUGACAUCCUCUUCGACACUUCUCCAACCCUCAUCUUCAAGGACCGGUACUUGGAGGUGACGACGGCGCUUCCAGCCGGGCGGGCAUCAUUGUACGGGUUCGGCGAGCACACGAAACGGACGUUCCGGCUCCAGCCCAAUGACACGUUCACGCUGUGGAACGAGGACCUGGAGAGGUCAGACCAACUGGACCGUAACCUCUACGGCUCGCACCCAUUCUACAUGGAUGUGCGCCCUGGCGGCAAUGCGCAUGGCGUGCUCCUCCUCAACAGCAAUGGCAUGGACAUACUGUAUGGCGGGUCCUACGUCACCUACAAGGUGAUCGGUGGCGUGCUCGACUUCUACUUCUUCACCGGCCCCUCCCCGCUUGCCGUGGUUGACCAAUACACCCAGUUCAUCGGCCGCCCUGCCCCCAUGCCAUACUAGUCAUUCGGGUUCCACCAGUGCAGGUAUGGCUACAAGAAUGUGGCUGAUCUGGAGGAGGUGGUCGCCGGCUACGCCAAGGCCAAGAUCCCACUGGAGGGGAUCUGGUCAGACAUCGACUACAUGGACGGCGGCCAGGAUUUCACGCUGGAUCUGAUCAACUUCCCGGCGAGCCGUCUCCGGCCGUUCGUCGACCGGCUCCACAGCAACGGCCAAAAGUAUGUGGUCAUCAUAGACCCGGAGAUCAAAGGACAAGCA